UUGAGAAGUACAUGCAUUAUGGACGGUGGAUGUUGAAGCUAAGUCCUCAACAGUACCUGGAAAGACUCACAGACUACAGCGAGAACAAACGACUCAACUACCUCUCAGCCUACCCUAACCCGGAUCUCUGCCUCAACAUCAUCACAGAAGUGGGUUUCGGAACUGGACCUAUGAAACCCUUCCUUGGGCACCCAAACCCCCACUACCCCCUGGUCUUCCCCGAUAUGCCAGGUGUGAAUAGAGUCAGAUUCCCAUUCCACAGACCCGAAAAUCUACUCACUUUCCAAUGGUUCAAACACAACAUCAUGUGCAGAGGCCAGCCAUGGAUCUGUGGGCACAGACAAUUCUGAUCAUUCGCUUGACUACGACCAACACGGAGCAG